AUGAAACUCGCAGUCACAAUAUUGGCAUCAAUCCUGGCCAUCUGCUCGGUUACUACAGCCAUCCCAGUCAAUCCCAGUGCAGCUACAAGUGCUGAAACUAGCACUUCAACAGCUCAACCCACUGAAAUUACAAGUACUGAAUCUGAGUAUCGGAAAAUUUCUCAUGAAGAAGCUACGGGUUUAGUUGAUAUCAGUCAAUUUUCAGAGAAUGAUGCGAAUUUGAUUGAAGAAUAUCUACUAAUGGAUCAAAGAUAUGAUGAUAUCAACAAACCGUAUGACGUGGCCAAUUUUGAAAGGCUUGACCAAGGAAAAUUGGUGGAACAACUAACUGAACAAAAAGAGAAACUGUUACAUAAACCUUAUCAAGACGAGAAUGAUCCAAUGUAUCAAGAAGAGCUUGAAAAUUCUAAAUUGAAGCUUAAGAAAGCGCUAAGAGAACUCAAACGGAUUGCAAAAAAGUGUGAGAGAAUCGGUAACAGCCUUUAUUACGCUACUUCGCAAUUGAAUUAUAGCAGAGAAAAUCUCGCAGAGCGCCUGUUCCAGAAUGGCCCGAGUGGAACAUCACUGAAUUCUUAUGUGGAAUUUCUGGAAUCAAAUCGUGAUUUUGUUGAAAAGAUUUACGAAUCUCUCACUCUUCAACUAAGCCAACAGUCAAAAUCAGAGUAA